AUGCAUUUUCAUGAUGUUAUUGGAACACUUACUGAAUAUCUUCCUAUUCUACUACCUGAGUAUCUUCCUAUUCUACUUCCUGAGUAUCUUCCUAUUCUACUGCCUGCGUAUCUCCCUAUUCUACUCCCUGAAUAUCUUCCUAUUCUAAUUCCUGAGUAUCUUCCUAUUCUACUCCCUGAGUAUCUUCCUAUUCUACUUCCUGAGUAUCUUCCUAUUCUAAUUCCUGAGUAUCUUCCUAUUCUACUGCCUGAGUAUCUUCCUAUUCUACUCCCUGAGUAUCUUCCUAUUCUACUUCCUGAGUAUCUUCCUAUUCUAAUUCCUGAGUAUCUUCCUAUUCUACUCCCUGAGUAUCUUCCUAUUCUAAUCCCUGAGUAUCUUCCUAUUCUUCUUCCUGAGUAUCUUCCUAUUCUACUGCCUGAGUAUCUUCCUAUUCUACUGCCUAAGUAUCUUCCUAUUCUACUUCCUGAGUAUCUUCCUAUUCUACUCCCUGAGUAUCUUUCUAUUCUACUCCUUUAG